CAGCCAUCCCUGGCUUCGCGCUCUUUUCCCCUUCCCUUCGCCCAGAGCCUUCUAGAACCUUCCGUUCCAUCCGGAGCCAUCGCCAUGGCCGCCUCCUCCUCCUCCUCCUCCGCCGCCCGGUGCUUCCCCCUCCUCCACGAGACCCUCCUUCUGUCCUUCAAGCCGCGGGUCUUCCCCGACUGUUUGUUCGAGGUCGACGCGAAGCGCACCGACCCGGCCGCGCCCAUCAUCGUGGCGGCGUUCGAGGGCGACAUCCCCACGAUUAAGAGGCUGGCGAAGCAGAGGAAAAGGGAGGGGGGAAGCGUGGAGGCGGUGGAGGGGAUCAAGGGCUCCCAGAGCAGCAGGCGCCUCGGGGCGCUCCAUGUGGCGGCCUUCGCCGGGAAGCAAAAGAUGUGCAAGUUCCUCAUCAAGGAUCUCCGCCUCGACGUCAACGCGGCCGCUGAGCAUGGGAGGUACUUGUGUUUACGUCACAAAAGUUCCGCGGAUAGUUGGUUUCUUGAAAAUGGAUAGUUGGUUUCUUGAAAAUAGGAACAUUCGAGGUACAUGAAAGUAGAGACCAGUGAUGGAAGUGUGAGUAAUUAAUGUUCA